GCAAGACUGGUUCGGCAGCCGACCUCACUCGAGCCUGGGCACGCCGAAGUCUCAGCGUCGUCCACGCUCCUUUCCUGCUUCCCCAGCCCGCUGACCGCUCCACCCUCCUCUCCUCCAUACUGCCGCCACGACGCCGUGAAAAAGGACGACCCUACCUCCGGAAGUCUGCCUGCCUGCCACCCGCCUCGAUCCCACAUCCCACCGAGCGGCUGGCCUGCUGACCCGAAAUGGUGAAUGCCAAAUAUGUCGCCUUUACAGUCAACAAGCAGACGCCCUUUCUGCAGACGCCCGACCAAGCCUAUGCAACAGUAAUCAAUUGCCGCCCGCCCGCUGGCAAGCGUGCCGCUUUUGCGCAAGAGGUGCGCUCCCACAACGUGCCCUUGGCAAAGGUCGAAGGUAGUCUGAAGCGCAAGCGGGGCGAGGACAGCAAGAGAGAAUACGACCAAGCAGCACACUCGAGCGCUUCCUAUGCCAGCAAUGCCAUGGCUCCACUCGCAACCGCAACCGCCCGCCCUCUCCUCACCCAGCAGUGGCAGCAACGUAAGCCCACCAGGUUACGGAGGGGCAAGGUCCUGUCCAAGGGUGUCGACCUCGACUGUUGGUUCAUCAUUCUCUCCUACUCGGACCCCGCCCAGUUGCUCGAGAUGCGCAGCAAAAUCGCUUCAUGUUACCGCUUCCUGCGCGACAACCCCAUGCUCUGGAAGCAUAGCAGGGUUUACUACUACGGAACCGACAUGCCGGACCCUCCUCCAGGCCUGACAGAGUUCCAGUUUGCCCAUCUGCGCCACGGUCAUGGCUGUAUGGACUGCGGAGCGCCCAACACUCGCAAGACAUUCUGGGCUUUUCUGCGCCGCAUGUGCAAGGACUGUCUAACAAACCAGGUCAUCAAGGAGUACGAAGCCAUAGCUCUGCUCAAAGGUCCAGACGGUGAAGACAUCUCCUUCAUCCGUGCUGCUCUUCCAAGUGGUAUCUACGAUUCUUGGGGCAAUUUUGUCGGGGUUGGCCCAGCAAGCACGCAUGCACUCAAGACAAUCUAUCUAAGAUCAGACGUGGACAAGCUCGUUGCAGAGUACAAUCGUGAGUUGCGUGAACGAGCUCCCGACGCAAACGAAUCUCCCGCGUGGAUCGCUGCAUGGCUUGCUUCAAAGGCUCAAAGGAUAGAAGAACGUCAAGCGUUUGCAAAGAAAAUGGAACAGUGGGAAGAGAUGCAGCGGACUGCCAGGACUGCCGAGUACAGUUCAAAGAAAUCUAGGCGCAAGGCCUACUUCAAGGAAAAGGCCGCCCAACUGUCGCCACCUAUUGGUAUCAAGGAACUCGAGGCUUGUCCGUCGUAUAAACGCGCUGUGACUAUCCCCAAGGAUCCCAACAACACUUCAUGGGAUCUCCUCAAGCCCAAGAUUGUCAAGGAAGCAGCAGAAAUCGCAGCCCGAAGAAGUCUAGAAGAGUCGCAUCCGCCUACAGCAUCGUCAUCGGGUAUCUCAACACCUACAAGCAGCAUGACCGGCUACCCUCAUGCGCAUCUCUACCUUGGUACUAUUAUGGGUCUGCCCCCGCCAGACCACCACCACCACAUGUUUCACUGAUUGCUUUUCAUUUUGCAUGUUUCACGCUUGGACGAGCGGCUUACGAAAGGGGGGGAAUACUUGGGUUAAUGAUUGCAUUUUCGGUACUGGAGCUGGGACUGGUUUUAUGUUUUUUACACGAGCAUGGGCAUGAGCAUUUCCCUGCAAGGCGCUAGGUCAAGAUUUGGUAUCAUCAGCGGGAGGGUUCUGGCCAGCCGGAGUUAUCAUGUUUGAUUGUUUCCUUUUUGUCAGCCCUAAUAUGUAUGUGCGUGUGUUUGGGUUGGAGUAUGUAAUGGAAUUGGCUUCUUACCGGAC